ACUAAAACACGCGUGCAAGCUUGGCAUCGCGUCUGUAUAUAAGCAUCAACCAGUCGCUAGCUCAUCUCAUCCAUUCCAUUCCUCCAUUGGCAUCCACCUUCUUCUCUCUGCAAUUGACGCUUACUUUUUCAAGGAUCGAGCACGUAUAAGCUACGAGCAAGCAUCUAAAAAAAUUGUUGUCUCGACGGCAUGAUUUCGAGGUCUCCCAGCCUCUUCCAGAUCGGUGAGGGAGAGGCCCAGGAUCAGGAUCAGGCGGGAAUGCCAACAAUGACGACCGCCGGCGAGCUCGUCGGGCUCCAGUUGAUCAUACAGCCCUCGCCGAGGCGACAACAACGGCCGCCGUUGGCCGUCCUCAGGAGGUCCUCGGUGAGGUCCCCGGCUGCCAACCUCCAGGAGAGCAGCGGCGGGCAGCCAUUCGUGGGCCUUGAGUUCUUGAAGUGCUGCCUAUGCUGCUGCAAGAAAAUCGACGUCGACAUGGACGUCUUCGUGUACAAGGGACAGCAAGCAUUCUGCAGCGCGGAGUGCAGGUGUCAGCACAUGGCGAGGGAGGAGAGGCGGGAGAUCGAGAUCCUGGUCAGGAAGCGCCGUGACGCGUUCCACAACCGCCGUGCAGCGCCGGGCAAGACGGUCGGGGGAUCGGACCGGCACCCGAGGGUGCAAAUCUCAAGUUUUUGCUAGCUAAUUAGAUCCUUGCUGUACUUUUAGUGAGCUAGUGAGAAACUACGGAUGAUUAGUUGGGACAAACUUAAAACCUCAUAUUCUAUGAGUGAUGCUACACGUACAUAAGUUUGUAAGAAUUUUACAGAGAGAUUGAUUUUGAUCGAAGGUUAACAAGGAUGAAGCCUCAUCCCCAUAAAAAUCAAGGGGGGAGAGGUUUGUUAGGAAGAAAGAAUUCUAAUCAACGUAAACCAUGUGUAACGUUUUAUA